UGUCCAGCCGGGUUCAGUGUGCUAAGACGUCAAAUUGGAUGAUUGAGUGCUAAAAGCAUCCAAGGCGUGUUUCUUCAGUGAAAAUCUCGCAAAAUCAGCACUUGUCGCGGGCAAAAUUAUCCCAAAUCGCGAGUCGGAGCUCCCGUGCGCCCCAUUGCGAUGGAGUUGAUGUGAAUAACGUGGUAUUUUCAUCGGGAGACCGAAGAAAAUCUCUGCAGCAAAUUCUGCCAUUUUCAACCACCAGCGCCCCUUGCGGCGCCGUGGGCAAGCACCCUUGCCCAAUUUCACGCAUUUUCACGCUCUUCCCGUCGCUUUUCGCGCACUGUGUGGCCCCGCGGGCGGUGCAGUGGGGCUCGAGGGCACGCGAGGGUGUGAAAUUGUGAGGUGAAGUGUGAUUUUGGUGUUUUGUGCGGAGUUUGGCUGAGCCAAGACACCGCCCACUGAUAACAACGUUCGUCGCUCAGCGGAGACACGCGUGAGGAAAAGCGAGGGAAAAUCGCGGUAGUGAAGACAGCCGCCGGUGGAAAAUGUCGUCCGUGCCGGUGCCGCGGAUCCUCAAGAAGAAGCACUUCCGCGUGAAGCACCAGAAGGUGAAGCUCUUCCGCGCCAAUGAGCCGCUCGUGAGUGUCUUCAUGUGGGGCAUCAACAGCACCAUUAACGAGCUCAGCCAUGUCAAUAUCCCGGUUAUGCUGCUGCCAGACGACUUUCGGGCCUAUUCAAAGAUCAAAGUCGACAAUCACCUGUUCAACAAAGAAAACAUGCCAUCCCACUUCAAAGUCAAGGAGUACUGUCCGCUGGUCUUCCGGAACCUGAGGGAGCGCUUCGGCGUGGACGAUGUGGACUAUCGCGAGUCCCUGACGCGCUCGCAGCCGCUGAAGAUCGACUCGAGCGGCAAGAGUGGCGCCCAAUUCUACAUGAGCUACGACAAGUUGUUCAUCGUGAAGAGCCUGACGUCGGAGGAAGUGGAGCGGAUGCACUCCUUCCUCAAGCACUACCACCCGUACGUCGUGGAGCGACACGGCAACGUGCUGCUGCCGCAGUAUCUUGGCAUGUACAGGCUGACGGUGGAUGGCGUGCAGUCGUACUUCGUGGUGAUGCGGAACGUGUUCAGCUCGCACCUGCGCGUGCAUCGCAAGUUCGAUCUGAAGGGCAGCACGGUGGAGCGCGAGGCGAGCGACAAGGAGCUGGAGAAGCAGCUGCCGACGCUCAAGGACAAUGACUUCAUCAAGUCGGGCAUCAAGAUACUGAUUGGGGACGAAGCCAAAGAGAAGCUGCUUGCCACACUCAAUGCUGAUGUCGAUUUCCUCACCAAAUUGCACCUCAUGGACUAUUCUCUGCUGCUGGGCAUUCACGAUUGCAAUCGCGCCGAGGAGGAUCUGGCCAAUGAGGGGCUGCAGGGUGGCGCGCGGGGCGAAACGAGUGACAGCGAAGAGUGCGACAGUGGCGAAAGAUUCAACUACAACACGCCGCCAGACUCGCCGCGAUACAUCGGCCAGGGACAAUACAAUGAGAUCAUACCGGAGAUUGACAUCUAUGCCAUCUCGAGUGUGCCGGAGAGGCGAGAGAUCUACUUCAUUGCAAUUAUCGACGUGCUCACGCACUAUGGCGUGAAGAAGCAAGCAGCCAAAGCAGCGAAGACAGUCAAGUAUGGGAGCAAUGUGGAUGGAAUUUCAACUUGUGACCCUGAACAGUAUGCCAAACGAUUUAUCGACUUUAUUGAUAAGGCAAUUGAGUAGAAGUAUUUUGCCUAAUUUACAAGCACAUUUCGUGCUGAUAAAAGAAAAAUUGAUGGAAUGAAGAAGAAGAAAAAAAUUGAGGAAGAGAAGUUAAUUGAGAUUAUACAGAUUUGGGGGAUGAUAAAGAUAAGAAAAAGGGGAAAAGAAAACACAAAAACACACACACAGAAAUUCUAUCUCAAGCCUUCGUUGCGAAUCACAAAUGAAAAAAUAAAAUGCUGAAGCGAAAAUGGAGGAGAAAAAAGUUUUUCAAUUUCAAAUAUUCUCUCUUGAGACACUCUUUUGCUCUCAAAUUCUCAUCUUUUUUCUCCUGUUCUUUUUUGUAUAAAAAUGAUAAUAAUAAUAAUAAUAAUAAUAUUAAUAGUAAAAAUGACAAAUUGAAACUCUGUGAAAUGGACAAAUUCUACACAAAACAAACAAACAAAAACACUAAUAAAACAAUAAAUCUUGUGCAAUGUUUAGCGAGAAUGUGAAAAGCUGAAGUUAUAGAGUAAAUAAAGAAUAAAUCCCUUAAAUGAAA